GAUAAUAAAGAAGGUCGUGUUCGUUAAAAAUUAAAAUAUGGGCGCCACGGUCUCACAGGAGGCGGCCAACUCCUACAUUCAAACCCACUCAAAUUUAGGCUUCCAGGCCAAACAUUGUCACAUCUUUACAAAUGAUAGAAGCAAAUGUCCAGGAAAGUGUCCAAUUGAUCAUUCAAAACGUCAUCAAACUCAUUAUUCUUCUAAUAAUUCUUCUACUAAAUUAGUGUCCGGAUCUGCUGGGGAAUGUCCUGUGAAGCAUCACGAAAGAUCUGACAUUUUCAUCAGUGAGUGCCCCGCUGGUUUUGAUAAGAAACAUCCUAGUGAGCAGAUUAACUUCAACAACAUGAUGCCACCCCCUAAUCAGCAGCCGGCCCCAGACCAACCCUUUCCAUUAUCAACAAUGAGGGAAGUUUCAACGAUCCCGAGAGCUGACAAAGAGAAUGAAACCUGGCUUUACCCAUCCCAACAAAUGUUUUGGAAUGCUAUGCUAAGAAAGGGCUGGAGGUGGAAAGACGAUGACAUAGAAGCCGAGGACAUGGGAGUGAUAAUAAAGAUACACAAUGCCAACAAUGAAGAGGCCUGGAGGGAAGUGCUUAAAUGGGAGGCCCUGCAUGCAGACGAAUGCAACAACCCGAAAUUGAAGAGUUUUGGCGGGAAAGCUACCCAGUAUUCGCCGAGAGCUAGAAUCCGGAGCUGGCUGGGAUAUGAACUACCGUUCGAUCGACAUGACUGGAUAGUUGAUAGGUGUGGUAAAGAUGUCAGGUACAUCAUCGAUUACUACGACGGAGGCAAGGUAGACAACCAUUUCCGGUUCUCCAACCUAGACGUCAGGCCCGCCUUCGACUCUUGGUCGGCCAUCUGGGAUAGAAUGAAGGUAUGCUGGAUGAGAAAAACAAUGGAGUUAGGCUUCAACCUUCCAUCGACCAAUCACAGAUCAGAUAAUCGGGCCAGGCCGACGGCAGCAGCCAAUAGCGAAACUCCUAAAUAAUUUUGAUGAUGAUAAUUAUACAAAUAAUAAUAUUAAAACCAGUAGUAAUUAUUAUCAUUAUUAUUAUUUAUUAUUGUUAGUCAGUAAUCUUUUCUUCCCCAUUUGCCUUGUGAUGAUGAAAAAGGCACAAUUUAAAAAAUUUUGAAAUCUGUCUUUAUUAGGAUUUUAGGCUAUUUUUAUUACUUUUUACCUGUUCUAAUUUAAGUUUACUGUUUUAUGUGUAUUUGUGUGUGUAUGUGUGUGUAUGUGUGCGCGUGUGUGUUUGAAGAAUGUUUAAUUUUACAUUUUUGUUGCUUUAUUUUUCACGGACUUAUGUACAAUUUAAAAUGAAUUACAAUGACAUAUUUAAAAAUUUGAAAUGGUAUUGAUUUGCUGAAACAUGAUUAUUAGAAAAAUAUCAAUGAUUGUUUUCGGAAGUCGAGUUAA